AUGGGUUAUAAAAUCACCAACAUCUAUGUCAUCACGACGGUGGCCGUCAUUGGCGGUGCACUGUUCGGUUUCGACAUUGCCUCCAUGUCUGCCAUUCUCGGUACCCAGCAGUACAAGUGUGCCUUCAACCAAACUGGCAUGAAGGAUGGAAAGUGUGGUGGUCCUACAUCUUCCACCCAGGGUGGUAUCUCCGCUGCUAUGCCUGGUGGCUCCUGGGUAGGCGCUCUGGCUUCUGGAUUCGUGACUGAUUACCUGGGUCGUCGCGGCGCUAUCCAAGUUGGCGCGGUUAUCUGGUGCAUCGGCAGCGCUAUCGUGUGUUCAUCCUUCGGUAUCCCCCAGCUCGUCGUUGGUCGCUUCAUCAACGGACUUUCCGUCGGUAUUCUCAGCGCCCAGGUCCCCGUCUACGUCGCCGAGCUAGCCCAGCCCAGUAAGCGUGGCCAGGUCGUUGGAGCUCAGCAGUGGGCUAUCACAUGGGGUAUCUUGAUCAUGUUCUACAUCUCAUACGGCUGUAGCUUUAUCGAAGGCAACGCUGCCUGGCGUACCCCGUGGGGUGUGCAGAUGGUUCCUGCGGCCUUGCUCUUCGGACUGGUCUUCGUUCUGCCGGAGAGUCCCCGUUGGUUGGCCAAGAAAGAGCGCUGGGAGGAGGCUCAUGAGGUUCUGGCCACUGUCCACGCAAAGGGCGAUUACAAUGCACCCUUUGUGCAGACUGAGAUGCAUGAAAUUCGUGAGAUGGUCGAGUUUGAGCGAAGCAAUAAGGACGCCUCUUAUCUGGAUCUUUUCAAGGGGAACAUGAUCUACCGCACUCAUAUCGGUGUUUUCACCCAGAUUUGGUCUCAGCUCACCGGCAUGAAUGUCAUGAUGCUUUAUAUUACCUAUGUGUUUGGCAUGGCUGGUCUUACCGGAAACAGCAAUCUUGUCGCUUCCUCUAUCCAGUAUGUCAUCAACGUGGUCAUGACUAUUCUGGCACUGGUUUUCAUCGAUCGCUGGGGCCGUCGCACUCCCCUUCUCGUUGGCUCCACUCUCAUGAUGACAUUCAUGUUCGCCAACGCUGGUAUCAUGGCAACCUACGGCAGGCCAGCACCUCCUGGUGGUCUCGAUAAUGUCCCUGAGCAGUCAUGGGAUCUCUCCGACGCGCAGUCCGCCGCAAAAGGUGUCAUCGCUUGCACAUAUCUGUUCGUCGCCAGUUAUGCGCCAACCUGGGGCCCUGUCAGCUGGAUCUACCCCCCUGAGCUGUACCCCCUCCGCCUCCGUGGUAAGGCUGUCGCGCUUUCGACCUCUUCCAACUGGAUUUUCAACUUUGCCCUGUCCUACUUCGUCCCUCCCGCCUUUGAGAACAUCCAAUGGAAGGUGUACAUUGUUUUCGGUGUCUUCUGCUUGGCCAUGACGAUCCAUGUCUUCUUCGCUUUCCCUGAGACUGCUGGCAAGACCCUCGAGGAAGUGGAGACCAUGUUCACCACUCCUGGUCUCAGGCCCUGGAAGACCAAGGUCCAGUACCAGCACGUACGCAUGCUCGAGCAGGGAGCAAUCCAGACAGAUAAGGCGGCCGAUAUUCGUGCCGAGGAAGGCACUCACAUUGAGAAGAAUGCCUCUGCUCUACCUGAGUAG